AUGUUCAACAGUCGUAGCGCUGUCCCUGCUCUGCUUCCCAAUCCUCGAACAUGCUCCAGUGCGAAUCGCUGCCAGCUAGCCCUCGUCGACUGCCGCCUGUUCCUCGAGUUCGAUCGCUGCCUCCCAUCCCCAGUCCUCUCUCGUGCAAAGCCUGCCAUACUUGCAUCACAUCCUCUGCUGCUCUGGUCCCCCUCUCAGCUGUUCGUCCACAUUCUCGCGUCUUGCCACCUCCCCAGUCCGAACAUGCAUGCGCCUUCUAGAUCCCUACAGAUUCGCGUACUUUUCGCGGUUUUUCGGGAAAGGCGUCCUUGUUUAGUGAAACGUGCGUACCACUCGCGAAACCUGCCCGCGGAGUCUUCUCACGCGCCGCCCAGGUACAACGUCACUUUACUCAGCCCCAAAACACAGCUUAUGCAAACUGGCGCCCACCUGCUCUCUGAAGUGCAGUGCGGAAGCUGCUCGGCAUACCUGGGAUACAAAAUAAUACGCGCGGUGGAAGAGACCGAGCGGUGGAAAGAAAGCUCUUAUUUGCUUGAGUUGGCGGAGUUGACCACCCAUGAACCGUUCCACCUCCCCCAAACACCGAAACCCAACAUUGCCCCCUAGCCCUGUGGGGACACCAGCUCUCUUUUUUUGGACAAUCUAUUGUAUUUAUAUUCACACCACAAGCAUCUGUACCAUAUCGCAUACGAAACAUGACAGCCUUAU